AUGAAGGCAGAAUAUAUAGAAGGAGAAGAAGAGACGUAUGUGACUGAUAUGAAGGUAGAAGAUAUAGAGGGAGAAGAAGAGACGUAUGUGACUGAUAUGAAGGCAGAAGAUAUAGAGGGAGAAAAAGAGACAUAUGUGAAUGAUAUAAAGGCAGAAGAUAUAGAGGGAGAAGAAGAGACGUAUGUGAGGGGUGAUCAGCCAUGUAAGGAGGAGGAGAUCCCUACAGAUAUCAGCACAGAUGGACACACAAGCAGGAAUAUCUCAGAAGGACAUCUAAUGUUAUCCCCGGAUUGUGACAUAAAAGAUAAUGACAGUAGACAGGAUUCUCCAGGAGCUAACCCCAUUACCCCAAUUAUACAUCCAGGUCUAUCAGCUGAUCCCUCUGAUCCUGGGAAAUGUUCUCCUGAUCACUCUGAUAUUGGUGCAUCUGUUACAGCUCUGAGAGUAGAUACAGUGUUUCCGUGUUCUAUAGAUGCCAAAUGUUUUACACAGAACACAAAGCGUAUUAACCCACACACACGUAAGGCAGGUGAGAGGCCAUUUCUAUGUUCUGAGUGUGUGAAAUGUUUUACAUACAAAUCAGAUCUUGUUAUACAUCAGAGAAGUCACACAGGUAAGAAGGCAUUUCCAUGUUCUGAGUGUGGGAAAUGUUUUGCACAGAAAUCACAUCUUGUUAGACAUCAGAUAAGUCACACAGGUGAGAAGCCAUUUCCAUGUUCUGAGUGUGGGAAAUGUUUUGCACGGAAAUCACGUCUUGUUAGACAUCAGAGAAGUCACACAGGUGAGAAGCCGUUUCCAUGUUCUGAGUGUGGGAAAUGUUUUACACAGAAAGCAGAUCUUGUUAAACAUCAGAGAAGUCACACAGGUGAGAAGCCAUUUCCAUGUUCUCAGUGUGGGAAAUGUUUUACACGGAAAUCACAUCUUGUUAUACAUCACAGAACUCACACAGGUGAGAGGCCAUUUCCAUGUUCUGAGUGUGGGAAAUGUUUUACACAGAAAUCAUAUCUUGUUAUACAUCAGCGAACUCACACAGGUGAGAAGCCAUUUCCAUGUUCUGAGUGUGGGAUAUGUUUUGCAAACAUAUCAAAUCUUGUUAUACAUGAGAGAAGUCACACACGUGAGAAGCCAUUUUCUUGCUCUGAGUGCGGGAGAAGUUUUACCUGGAAAUCCCUACUUGUUAUACAUCAGAGAAGUCACACAGGUGAGAAGCCUUUUCCAUGUUCUGAGUGUGGGAAAUGUUUUGCAAACAAAUCAGAUCUUGUUAAACAUCAGAGAAGUCACACAGGUGAGAAGCCAUUUCCAUGUUCUGAGUGUGGGAAAUGUUUUGCACUCAAAUCAGAUCUUGUUAAACAUAACAGAAGUCACACAGGUGAGAAGCCAUUUCCAUGUUCUGAGUGUGGGAAAUGUUUUACACAGAAAUCACAUCUUGUUACACAUCAGCAAAGUCACACAGGUGAAAAGGCAUUUCUAUGUUCUGAGUGUGGGAAAUGUUUUGCACACAAAUCAGUUCUUGUUAGACAUAACAGAAGUCACACAGGUGAGAAGACAUUUCCAUGUUCUGAGUGUGGGAAAUAUUUUACACGAAAAUCACAUCUUGUUAGACAUCAGCGAAGUCACACAGGUGAGAGGCCAUUUCUAUACUCUGAGAAAUAAAUCAGCUCUUUUUGCACACAAUAGACAUCACUCAGGUGAGGAACCAUUUUAAUCUUCUGGAGUAUACUCAUCAUUGUCAUGCGUUGUUCUUCAAUGUUCUUAUCCUAUCUCCUAUGCUUUUUGCAAUACACAAUGUUACCACUGGGUGAAAUAAUCAGAUGUCAUGCCCUCUACCACUGCUAUACAGAUGACCUGUCUCUUGCUCCAGGUACUGAGAACCCAGUAUCAAUCCUAAAUGGUUGUCUAGCUGAGCUUCAGGUGUAGGUGAUGCCAGUUGGCUGGGACUCAGUCCUGGUGAAACAGGUCUAUAUGGUAGAAGCUCACCAACAAAGGGCAGGGCUACAGCUCAGCUUUGCAAACCAACCAGACUUACGCUUGGGGGUUCAGAGUUACAAAAUGCUGAUCAUGUGCGGAAUCUUGGUGUCCUGGAUGGUGGAGUGACACUUAGACAUCAGGUAUCAGCCACAAUCAGAUCCUCAUCUGAGGAACAUAGCCAGACUCCAGCACUUAUUUCCCUCAGAAGAUCUACCUACAGUCAUAUAUGUACUUGUAGCAUCACGCAUAGACUACUGCAAUGUCCUCUACCUGGGUCUCCCAGCAAAAUAAUUGCACUGCUUGUAGCUUGUACAGAAUGCAGAAGCCAGGCUGUUACUUAACCAGCCCGUUCCUGCCACAUAACACCCAUUCUCUGCUCCCUUUACCAGCUGCCUGUAAAAUGGUGACUAUUACAUAAUCUUACUGACUCUCCCAGCCCUACAUGACCAGGGUCAAUGGUACCAGAAGCAGCUACUGCCUCCUUACUGCCCUGCUUGCUUACUUCCAUCUGCAGAUGAAGGACUUACCAGCAGAACCAAGAAUCCAAAAGAAGUUCUGAGAUGUCAGGGGUGAGACAGGGUGGUGGCACUAGUGCUGUAGCGGGGGCUGCCGGAGGCACUGUCUGUGGGUAAUAUUGUCCUCAAGCAGCGCUAAGGUGUCAGAGGGGAG